CGCUACGAGUCUCUACUGUAUGUUGUUAAAAAAAAUAAGGUAACAGUGGAUAUUACGACUUAACGGUAGAUCGGAAGCUUUUAUUUUUAUUUCUGCGCUAAUCAACAAAAAAACAGCAGAACCUUUGCACGGAAUUCAGAGGAAAAGAAGUUGAGAGUUUACAGGAAAAUGACUGAAAAGCCGAAGAAAAAUCCGUGGUGCGUGGUGCCCGAGUGUACCCGACAUUUCAGUUUGGAGGGACGACAUUUCUUUAAAUUUCCCAAGGAACACGACAGAUGGUUGCAAUGGGUAAGAGCGUGUGGAAGAACAGAUUUGGAACCGAAAGGUCCACUAUACGCUCAUCAAAAUUGUCGCUUGUGUAAUUUACAUUUUGAGGACAAGUGGUUAAAAUUAAAUAAAGUCAGAGCACGCCUUCACCCGGACGCUGUGCCGACACGAUUCUUUGGACCACCUUUUGGCCCAAAAAUUCAGGUUGUAAAAGGCAACAUAGUAAUCGAAGAUGAAAACGAAGAUAAAGAAGAUGCCAAGGAGAAAGAAAACACUGAGCAAAAGGAAGAAGAAACAAAUGAAAGUACAACAGAUGUAGAGAUAAUUGAAUCGCCAUCAGUGCAGGACACGGAUAACAAUGUCUUGCAAUCUUCCCAAGCCUUGUCAACCAAUGUGAAAACCCAGACUAAACCAAGUACCUCGAACACCGUACUUGUAGCAAUAAGUUCACCGUCGAAGGAUGGCCUUCAGAAAAAGAAGUUACGUUUUAAGCUUGUAAAACUAAAACCGAUACAGGAUAAAGCGCUGCUUGAAUCUAUCAGACAGCUUCAGCAAACAAAUAAACCUACCUGAGAUGCAUAAGAAUCCAUUUUGCUCUCUUGUUUUCUUACUUAGAGGCUCAAACAGUUAUGAUAUGAAGAGGAAUUGAAAGAGAAGAAAUUUUUAUCGUAAUUAUAAUUGACUUAUACAUUUUUUAUUUCUUGUAAUAGGUUCGUAAUUGUAACGUGCAAAUUGUAUCGCAAUACUUUCCUGCUCAUUAGUGAACAGUUUACUGUUAAUGUUUUAGUAUUUGUUAUAGGAAUGUAAGUUUUAUAAGAUAUGAUAUUGAUAUGCAUUUUUUACUUUAUUGUCAGCGUUGCAUUUGAAUUCUCUAAUUAUUUAAAAACUGGUUCAUACUCGGAACGCGCUUACAACAAUAAAAGCGCCCUAAAAAUUAUUUAAAAACUACUUGAUUGGUUGAGAAGCCACGUUGAAGGCGCUUACCGUUGUAAGCGCGUUCUGAAUAUGGACCUAUAUGUACAUAUGUAUAUCGAAAUAUAUUUCUUUUAUGUUUGAUAUAUAUCAAAUUCGAAAAUGUGCGCCUAUUUUAUGUAAUGCAAUAGAUAAAUAUUUCAUUGACUAUUUAAUCGUAAUUUAAUGUUCAGUUCGCUUUUUCGCGCUGUCAAUCGUUAUCAUUCAUUAAAAAAGUU